UACUAGUAGGCAUCAAUCUCGCGUCGCUACAUUCUCGUCAGCCUGUGUAAUCUGCGUAUACUUUUCAUUCAUUUCAAGACGAUCUGUGGACUACCACCAACGAGAGUGUUCGUGUUACGGAUACCCUGCUUGACACAGAUCAACAGUGCUGCAACUGACCUGGUUCACCCGGACUGCCUCCUCCAUAAUAGUCUUGCUGAAGUUUUCCUGUUCGUAGUUAGCCGCCGCGCUAGCAGGCUAACACUUUCUGGUGCUCUUAGCUGGAUAGCUAGGAUGCGCUGUCUCGCUGCCAUGACUCUCUACUCUGCGGCUGAACUUCUAAAACUCAGCACUCUCUCUUCUCCGAACUGUCUUGAGGUCAUCAGAUCUCUCUGCCUACUUCGUCGCCCCCGCUACGUGCAUAGGGCUGCCAGGCACAAGUUUGUUUACAUGGAUAAUACUCUUGCUGUCCCCUCAGUUAGGUGCACCGCUUCUCUGCUGCAACGUCAUCAUAACAAACCACGCCCACUUGCUGUCAACCGGUGUCCUCUGCUCCCCAUCAAUUGCACUGUGACCCCUGCUGCUGCCUCCAUGAAUAGGGCUGCCACAUUUAUGUUAUUAAACACUCGCUCACUAAAUAACAAAGCCCCACUAAUUUAUGAAGUUAUUCUGGAUAAAAAGCUGGACUUCCUAUGUCUGACAGAGACAUGGCAGAGCCAGCAGGACUUCGUAACUCUUAACCAAGCCACUCCCCCAGACUAUGUGUAUCUUCAUAAGGCCCGUAGCCUUGGCCGUGGUGGUGGGCUAGCUGUUAUUCAUCGAUCUAAUAUACUGGUCAAAGAAUUUCCAGUCAGCUCCACUUCCUUCGAAAGUCUCCAUUUUGCAUUGGCAGGCGCUACACAGCUCCAAGUGCUGCUUAUCUACCGGCCGCCUAAAGCCUCCACCCACUUCUUGUCAGAGCUCUCCGGGUUGCUUGCCACCAUCUGCCCCAUGUACCCAUCUACUAUUUUAAUGGGUGACUUUAACAUUCAUGUGGACUCGGCUAACUGCCCCUUUGCCUCUGACUUUUUGUCACUAUUGGACUGUUUUAGUAUUGCGCAACAUGUGCAUGUUCCAACACACACCAAGGGGCACACCCUUGACCUUGUGUGCUCCACUGGAAUCACCCCGUCAUCUCCAGUGUGA